UAUAGGUGGGGGAACACCUGAAGUGCCCAACAGAACAGCUGAACGCCAUUUGCUUCUGCAACUCCACCACAUCUUCCAUAGCUUGCAUCCUUCUCUCUAGCUCUCUCUUUCUCUUUUCUCUUUUCUCGCUCCCUCUCCCCCUCUAGCUACGCCUGGUCAGACAUGGCUGCCUGUGUCGACAAGUGGAACCCAGCAUACUCCAGCUGCCGCCUCUCGAGCUCCAUCUACCGGUUCAUGCCGGACUGCGCCAUCACUUGCCCGGUGUCCAUCACCGGCAACGGCAACGGUUGCUGCGACAGCGGCGACGACGUCUGGGACGAGAUAUGCGCCGAAGCGCAAGCGGACGCGGAGGCGGAGCCGCUCCUGCGCAUGUUCUACGCGGAGCUGGUCCUGUCGCGCCCCUCGCUGGAGGCCGCCCUCGCCGCGCACCUGGCCACCAAGCUCUGCAUCCCCGGCGCGCUCCCGCAGGACGCGCUCCGGGACCUCCUCGCCGGCGCGCUCGAGGCGCACCCGGAGGCCACCCGCGACACGCGCGCCGACCUCCUCGCGGCGCGCGACCGCGACCCGGCCUGCGCAAAAAUGGUCCACUGCUUCCUCUACUACAAGGGAUUCCUGGCCCUGCAGGCGCACCGCGCCGCCCACGCGCUCUGGUCCGAGGGCCGCGCGGCCGCGGCGCUGCUCCUCCAGAGCCGUGCCUCCGAGGUGUUCGGCGUCGACAUCCACCCCGGGGCGCGCAUCGGGGCCGGCAUCCUCCUCGACCACGCCACCGGCGUCGUAAUCGGGGAGACGGCCGUGGUGGGAGACGACGUGUCUAUCUUGCACGCCGUCACGCUGGGCGGCACGGGGAAGGUGUCCGGCGACCGGCACCCAAAGGUCGGGGACGGGGUGCUCAUCGGCGCCGGGGCCAGCGUCCUGGGCAAUGUUCGCAUUGGCGACGGAGCCAAGAUCGGCGCGGGGGCUGUCGUGCUCCGAGACGUGCCGUGUGGAACCACGGCCGUCGGAAACCCGGCCAAGGCGAUCGGGAAGAAGCCGGCGCCACAGCGGCGGCCGGAAGACCAGCCAGGUGUAACCAUGGAGCACAGGUGGUCAGAUUACGUCAUUUGAACUCUCGCCACAUGUUUACUGCAAAGCAAAAGAGAGUUUCCCUCCAAAUCAUAUUUGCGGUUGGGUGACGAUUUCUCUUAUCCUGAGCUCAGUUAGACGUUGAGCCUGGAGCAAUGGUAUACUGUUUUUUUUUGGGUAAUGGAAUAACCAAAAAUGCAGCUGAUCAGCUAUUGUAGUUCUAAAAUGUAGCAUGGUUUUAUCCUUUGUUGGUCCAUA